AUGAAUUCAAGUAUAUUCAAUACAGCUCAAGAAGAUGAAGAUCCUUGGUCAUCUUCAACAACUAAUUGGAAUGAUAACUCUACUCAACAACAACAACCAUAUCAAUCCACAUAUUUAACUUCAUCACAAUUAUUGAAUAAUCAGGAUAGAAAUUCAAGUCCAUCAUUAACUACUUCACCAAUUCGUCAAAAUCAAUCAACAUCAAUUAAUGAUAAUUCAAUUACAAAUAUUCCACAAAGUUAUGAAUUUUUACAUUCAGAAUUAACUAACAAAAUUUCAAAUAUAAAUGAUUUUGAAUUCCAUAUAUUAAAUAAAUUAGUUGAAUUAGAAUAUUUAACAAAUUAUCAAAAACUGAAAUUAUUAGAUAUAAUAUAUGAUAAUGAUCUUUUGCCAAUUACAAAUACUUCAAAAUUUUAUCAAAUAUUAGGAUUAAUUGCAUUAGAAAUUGAUGUACCAGGUUCAGGAGAUUUUGUAACUUUGCAAUUUAAAUUAAAUAAUUUACCAGAAUUACCCUUGAAGUUUAUUAAAUAUAUUGAAAAACAAGAAACAAAAGAUUCAAGAAUUAAUGAUCCAUUAAUGGCUAAUUCUUCAAGAAAUCAAGAUGAUGAUGAUGAUUCAGUAGAUGAUUGGAAUAAUCAAUCUAAAACUAUUGAUCCUAUAUUAACUGAUCAUUCAAAAACUUCAAUUGUUCUAAAUAAUGAUAAUGACGCAGAUAAUGAUGAUAAUGAUAAUACAAAAAAGACAAGUCCUGAAAAUAAAGAAUAUGUUGAGAAAUAUAUUGAAGAUAUAAGAGAUGAAUUUAAACCAUUAUGGUCAGAUCAAGAUUUGGUUAAGAUAAAAGAAGUACCUGAAAAAGAAGGGUUAUUGUUUAAACAUAUUAAUUAUAUUAUUGUACAUAAUUUGAAUUUAGGAAAUGUUUCAUCUGCUGGUCAAAAGAAAGUUAUAAGGAGAUAUUCCGAUUUUGCAUGGUUAUUGGAAUAUUUACUUGAAAAGUAUCCAUUUAGAGUUAUUCCAGGUUUACCACCAAAAAAGUUUACUGUAGGAGCUUCACCAGAUUCUCAAUUUUUACAAAGACGUAGACGUGGAUUACAUAGAUUCUUAAAUCAAUUAAUUAAACAUCCAAUUUUUAAAGAAGAACCAAUAGUACAAACGUUUUUAACGGUCCCAACUGAUUUAACAACUUGGAAAAAACAAGCCAAGAUAGAUUAUUCUUUGGAAUUUAAAGGUGAAAAAAUUCAAACUCAAUUCAUUAAUAUUAUAUGGCCAAGUAUUAGUGAGAAUUUCCUUAAGAAUUGGUCAAUAGCUGAACAAAAUAUUAAAUAUAUCAUUGAAAAAUGGACUAAAAUAGUUAUCAUAAUUGAAAGACAUGAAAGAAGACAACAACAACAAAGUUAUGAUAAUCAAAAAUUUGUUGAAAUUUUAAAUCAACUUAGAAAAUUAGAUUAUGCAAUUUAUCCACCACCACCAACUAAUUCAAAUGAUGAUCAACAACAACAGAAUCAAGUACCGCAAACUAGCAAUACUUCUCAUUAUUUACAGAACCACGAUAUCGAGGUAAUCAAUUCAAAUUUAUCCAAAAUUGGAGAAUUUUACAAUAAAUCAUCACAAUUAAUAAUUGACGACAACUAUUUAAUAAAUACUAAAACAUUAGAAAAAUUUAAAAAUUUUAUGGAUUAUUUAUAUUCAUUACAAGAAUUAUUUGAACGUAGUAAAAAAUUAUCAAUAAAUCAAAUUGAUACAUUAAAUAAAAGAAUAAAAGAAAAUGAAAUUCGUUUUAAAAAAUUAAUGGAAGAAAAUUCAGAUAUAAAAGGAUCAGAAAUUACAAAAUUAAGAACUAUAAUAAUAAAUGAUAAACAAGAGAUUUUUCAACAAUUAAAUAAAGAUUGGUUAAUUAAACAAAGUUGUUUUAAAGAAUUUAUAAUGUUUCAAGAAACUCAAUUUUUAAUUAGUGAAAUUUGGCAAGAAUGGUGUAAAGAAAGAUUUAAAUUUCAUGAAAAAUUAUUAAAUAUUAAUGAUGUUUUAAAUAAUGAUAUUAAUAGUGAUAUGCCUUUAAGUCGUUAG